AUGGGUAUCAAUGAACGUCGAGUCGUAAUUACUGGAGUGGGGGCUUUGAGUCCUUUGGGAAAUGAUGCAGCUUCCACAUGGGAUGGAAUGAAGGCGGGUCGGAGUGGCAUUGGCCAGAUUGAAAGCAUGUCAACGGAAGGGUAUUCGGUGACGAUUGCGGGCGAGGUCCGUGGUUUUGAUCCGCGCCCUUUUUUCAAAAAUCCCAAAGACGCUCGUCGCAUGGAUCGCUAUGCUCAUCUGGGAAUCGCGGCGGCAAAGAUGGCGGUGGAUGACUCUGGCAUUGAUGCCGAGGGAGUGGAUCGUGACCGAGUGGGAGUCAUGCUUGGUAGUGGAAUCGGUGGUCUGCAAACUUUAGAAAAUCAGCACACAGCGCUGAUGCAAAAAAGUCCGUCGAGAGUUUCUCCAUUUACCAUCCCGAUGAUGAUUUCAAAUAUCGCAAGUGGGGUGUUUUCUAUGGAGUAUGGUUUUACGGGGCCGAACAUGGUGAUCGUCACCGCUUGUGCGACGGCGAAUCAUAAUAUUGGGGAAGCUUGGCGGAUGAUUAAGUUUGGCGAUGCCGAUGCGUUUGUGGCAGGAGGUUCUGAGGCUUCCAUUUUGCCGAUGGGGCUCGCAGGUUUUAGCAAUAUGCGGGCACUGAGUUCGCGGAAUGAUGCGCCGGAGAAAGCCUCGCGGCCAUUUGAUGUUGGUCGUGAUGGAUUUGUGAUGGGCGAAGGAGCUGGUGUUUUGGUGGUUGAGGAAAUGGAGCAUGCCAAAAAACGCGGAGCGACGAUCUACGCGGAGUUAACAGGUUACGGCGUUAGUGCAGACGCGUAUCAUUUGACCUCACCUCAUCCAGAAGGAUUUGGGGCGGCACGUUGUAUGGAUAUGGCUUUGAGACAUGCGGGACUGAACGCGGAAGACGUGGAUUACGUCAAUGCGCAUGGAACGUCCACACCACUUGGUGAUAUUUGUGAAACAAAAGCGAUCAAGCGGAUCUUUGGCGAUCAUGCUAAGAAUGGUCUCAUGGUGAGUUCUACGAAGUCGAUGACAGGUCACUUGUUAGGCGCGGCAGGAGGAGUGGAAAUUCUAGCCUGCCUGAUGGCGUUACGCGAUGAAGUGGUGCCUCCGACGAUUAAUCUCGAUGAUCCUGAUCCUGAGUGUGAUUUAGAUUAUGUGCCUCACACCGCACGGGAGACUCAGGUGAAGCACGCCUUGAGUAAUUCAUUUGGAUUCGGCGGUCACAAUGCUUCUUUGCUUGUUUCGGCAAUUUAA